ACGGCGUCUCCGGGCGCCGCGACUCGGCCUCCGCGCGGCUCCGGUGGAGAAGCCGCGGGCGCUCGGGCUGCGGACGGACGGACGGACGGACGGACGGACACCUCGCCACCGACAAGGGUAGCGGGCGGAGGGUGGUCACCCGUCCCAAGCCCCGUUGCUGACGUGCGGGACAGAAAUGAGAGCCCGGGAUUGACCUGCGGGGCAUCCACCGGCCGGAGGAGCAUCAGCCCAUGGAAAACCAGAACCCAUGGCUUUCUCUGUGGUCUUUCAAACAGCACUCAUGUUAGCAUUGCUGUCCUGGAGAACUUGCCAGAGUGAAGUCUUGGCUGAGUACUCACCAUUGACUCCUGAAGGACUUAACAUUUCCGUCAGUUCUGCACUUCAGCAUUUGCAUUUCCAGUGGACUGUCCACAAGCUUCCUUACCAGGAAUUACAAAUGGUGUUUCCAAUAGAGAUCAGUAGAGUUGAGACCUCCAAGGUCAUCUGGAUGGGUAAUUACAGCACCACUGUGAAGCAGGACCAAGUUCUCCACUGGUCCUGGGAAUCUGAGCUCCCUUUGGAAUGUGCGCCACACUUCGUAAGAAUAAAGAGUAUUGUGAAUGAUGCCAGGUUCCCUGAGUUGAGUUUCACAAGCAACUGGAGUUCCUGGAAGGAAGUUCGUGCCCCCACUCCUGAACAGAAUCACUGGUUGAUAUUCCCUAGAAAUAAGCUGGUGGAAGAAGGCUCCAAUGUCACAUUUUGCUACAACUCGGCGAGAAAUCCUGGCCUUUCUUGUUAUGUGGAAAGUGCACUGAUUGAUGGAGAACAACUUGAUUCAAAUUUAUUCACAUUCACAUUGACUAAUAUUCCCUUCAUUAGGACACAAGGGACGAAUAUCUACUGCGGGGUGAAUCACACACUCAAGGAUGGUGUAGUUCUCUUUGUGUCAAAAGUGCUGGAGGAGCCCAAGAAUUUUUCUUGUGAAACCCAAGACUUCAAGACUCUGAACUGCACCUGGGACCCUGGGGUGGACACUGGCUUGGGUUAUAAUAGACAGCCUUCACAGCAGUACACUUUAUUCGACUCAGUUUCCGGGAAAAAGAAAUUUUGUGUGCACAACAACUGGUGUAACUGGGAAAUUUCUCAAGAUUUGCCAGCAACAUUCAACUUCACGCUCACAGCUGAAAAUUACUUAAGGAAGAGAACUGUCAGUACUGCCUUUGCACUGACUGAUCGAGUUCACCUGAAGGCUCCCGAGAGUGUCUACUUUAAAAAUGUGAGUGCCACAAAUGCCACAGUGACUUGGAAGGUGCCUGUCUUUAGGAAUUAUGUCACACUUUUGUGUCAGAUUGAACUUCAUGAUAAAGAAAAUGUGAGACAGGAGCACAAUGUCUCCAUCAAGGGGAAUGGUGAGUUUCUGUUCAGUGAGCUGCAGCCGGACACAGAGUAUGUGGUCCGCAUCCGCUGUGCCAGUGCCCGUCAUGUGUGGAAAUGGAGCAAAUGGGCCGCUGCAACCCUCGUCACAGCUGAAGCCGCUCCCUCCAAGGCUCUUGAUGUCUGGAGAAUAGUGAAGUCCAAUGAAGGACUUCAUAAUGUGACCUUGUUCUGGAAGCCACUGUCAAAAUUUCAUGCCAAUGGCAAGAUCCUAUUCUACAAUAUAGUUGCAAAAAAUUUAGAUAAAAAAUCUGAGUUAAAGCUCUUGUGUAUUCCUGCACCCACCAAUGGCACAGAACUAACCCUCGACCAAGGCUCUUACCAAAUCCAGGUCACGGCUAACAACAGUGUGGGCCCUUCCCCCACCUCGGAGAUUGUCAUAUCUGAAAACUCUGGGAAUGAAGAGGUUGAAGAAGAAAAAAUUAAUGGCACCAAGGAUGGAUUUCUUGUAUCUUGGAACCCCCGAUAUGGAGACAGAGCAGGACAUGUUGUAGACUGGUGUGAGCAUCCACAGAACCUGCACUGUGAUUUGCAGUGGAAGUAUUUAGGUUCCAAUACCACAAGUACAGUCAUCAGUUCAGAUGCUUUUAGACCAGGGAUCCGAUACAACUUCGGAAUUUAUGAACUAUCUACAGACAAGACUGCUUACUUAGUAGAGAAAAAAACAGGAUAUACCCAGGAACUUGCUCCUUUGGACAGCCCUCAAGUGGCCGUGGCGAACUUGACACCCCACUCCUUCACUCUGAGUUGGAAGGACUAUGACACUGAGUCCCAGCGUGGCUUCAUACAAGGGUACUAUGUCUGUUUGAAGUCCAACAGCACCGAGUGCCACCCAGAUUCUGUAAAGGAGGGUCUUCCAGACAAAUCAACAUGUUGUAAACAUGACAUCAGCAACCCCAAACAAAAGACGUUCCUUGUGAAGAACCUGCAACCUGAAUCCUUCUAUGAGUUUUCCGUCUCUUCCUACACAAGUGCUGGCGAGGGCCCCAAUGGAACCUUCACAAAAGUCACAACCCCAGAUGGACGCUCCUACAUGCUGAUGCACAUCAUACUGCCUAUGAUGCUGUGUGUCUUGCUCAUCGCAGUCGUGUGCUACUGGAAGAGCCAGUGGGUGAAGGAGAAGUGUUACCCUGACAUUCCAGAUCCCUACAAGAGCAGCAUCCUGUCAUUAGUAAAGUCCAAGGAGAACCCUCACUUAACAGUAAUGAACGUCAAAGACUGCAUUCCAGACGCUAUUGAAGUUAUAAACAAAUCAGAAGGGACCAAAGUACAAUUCACCGGGAAGCCGCUCACAGAAAGUGAAUCCCCCAGGCCUGCCAACCUGUACCUGCUGCCAGCAGAGGAUUUCUCUGGCCUCGCUCCCUGCAUCUCUUUUGAGAAUUUCACCUAUAAUGAGUCAGCUUGUGACUCUGGUUCCUGUGCGCAUAUCCCAGUACCCACUACAGCCCCGCCAUGUCAGCUGGGAAUGCUGGCUUCACCUGACAAUUCACUAACAUCACUAGAAAACACGCACACACAUUCCCAAGGGGAAAUCCCAGCUGGAGAAAUGAAUAUGAAUUAUGUGUCCCAGUUGGCUUCCCCCAUGUUGGGAGACAAGGAUAGUCUUCUGAUAAAUCCACCAGAACCAGUACUUUGUUCAGAGUAUAAAAUGCAAAUGGCAGUACCCUCACACCUUGCCUCGCCUGUCCUUAGUGAAUGACGGCCUCCCCUGAACCCUUUUAGGUCAAGGUGAACGCUGCCAUUAAUCAGCACAAUCCCAGUUUACAGGCUAUGUAGACGCCAGAGGGACGCUCUAAGCCCGUGUCCUGGUCCUUACCCCAGCGAACUGUUCCUGUGCAAGUCUGAUCUAGAAAAGACCACUAGGGUUUGGCUGGAAAAAAGCCAGAAGCUGUGGAACUUAUCCCUGUCUCCUGCAGGCUUCCUUUAGAAACGGGAGGAUCAUGAGAACAUGCUGACCUUGUUGCUGUUUGUUCUGGGUUCAUCUUUUAUCACAGUAGAACCGAACGGGACAUUGAGACAGGCAUUAACCACUCACUUUGUAGACCCUGCCUGUACAGGGUGGCUGUCCUAGAAGCUCAGCUUUUAGUAAGAAAAUAAUUCUAUUAACAUUUACCCUCAUGUUUGCUACCUUAAGGGUAAGACAGUUAGAUUAUAGGCUUUGAUAAAGGCCAAAGAAUACUAGAGCAUAAAUGUGAAUUUAUUGUAUAUGACAAAGUUAAUAGAUGUUUGAGACUAAAACUGAUUUUACACUUGCCUUGACAUAGUGAGAACAUGAAAUUCACUGGCCAGUAAAAUCAGCUCUUUGGGGUAUGCAGACCUAACCUAAAAGGUGAGAUGUUUGAAUCAGUAAAAUCUUUGUAAUUCUAUGUAGCUUACUACAGUGAAAGGGUUGGCAAAGCACUCCUGUUCAAUAGAUAUCAUUUUCCUCCUUCACUUUUGACUACCUCAGAAUAGGGAAAAAAAAUCGCUUAGUAACCAUUCACGUUUUAUGGUUCCUUUUUUUUAAGAAUUACAUGUAAUAUAAAUGACCUGUUUCAAUUUAGCUUUCCUUUGGAUUCUUUAAUAGGUUGUUUGGGUCAAGACAACUCUCAUCUUCUACUAUGCUAAAAUAAAUAAAACGAAACUUUAUUGUUGACUAUAACUUAAA